UGUAGGACUAAAAAUGUUAAAAUCAUGACAUAAUACCCGUGAGAAAAACUCAUUACUAAAUUAGCCGCUUGGUCCAAAAAAAUUAGCUGCUUCAUUCAUGUCUUAGCACCAAAAAGAAGAAAGAAAGGAAGAAAUCACUGACUCCUUCUAGUCCUGGUUAGAACCCGCGCGGUGAAGCAGAUCACACCGCUGAGGCGAUUCUAAAAAUCCCAGCACUUGAAUUCUUCAAAAAUGGAUCUGAAUCCUCCUGCAGGGGAGAACUACGCACACCCAAAGAUAUGUUUCUUCCAUGUGUUCUUCAAGGCUGCAGCAUUGGCGUUUUACAUACUUUCAGCUGUGUUUGUUGAUAGCUUUGUUAUCAUAUUUGUGGUUACUGUUCUGCUAGCAGCUCUUGAUUUUUGGGUCGUUAAGAAUGUGAGUGGUCGUAUCUUAGUGGGGCUGAGAUGGUGGAAUGAAAUAAAUGAUGAGGGUGAAAGUGUGUGGAAAUUUGAAUGCCUUGACCAAGAGUCAUUGGCUCGCAUGAACAAGAAGGAUUCUUGGCUUUUCUGGUGGACAUUAUAUCUUACAGCUGUUGCUUGGAUCUUUCUCGCAAUAUUCUCACUCAUUAGGUUCCAGGCUGACUAUCUCCUUGUUAUUGGAGUUUGCUUGACACUCAGCAUUGCAAACAUUGUUGGCUUUACUAGAUGCCGCAAAGAUGCGAAGAAGCAGCUUCAAGCAUUUGCAACUCAAACCCUUGCCUCCCGGGUAUCAUCGACCAUUCAAUCCGCAUUUAGUGUUGUCUGAUGAAGUCUUUCAAGCCAGACAACUCUUGAAUGGUCAGCCAAGUUGAGGGGGAGGUCACUGUAUCAAAACGGUCUAUGCCUUUUUCAGUUUUGUAGCGAUGAUGGCACAUUACUUAUGCUUUUCAAAAUAUCUUUGGGCACUACAUGGGCCUUGCAUGUUGAAUCUACCAUAAAAUAAGUUUUUUUUUUUAAAUCAUCUUAUAAUCUAUCUAAUUUUACAUC